AGCGUCUCGCCUCGCCAGUGAUUGCGCAGCCAGAAGAGAAGAGAAGAGAAAGGAGGGGAGAUUAUCUCAGUUUUGCUAGCUUUCGGAAGCAGCGAUACUUUGCACUGCACGCCUGUAUCUACGCGAUUUGUAAAUCUUCGGUGUAGAUUUCCUACUAUAGUUUUUUAUACUUUCUUCUCGGGACAUGGAACCUAGUCGGGCUCCUCGAGUGACGUAUCGGUGAUUCUUUCUGCAGGCAGCGAGCAGAUGUAGAGCGUGCUUGUAGUAGUUCGCAGAUAACUGUUUUGCCAAGACUAGCGAAUCUGAUGGUUAGCGUGUCCGAAGACCUGCUGAUACCAGGACAAGAAUGUACUCUCCAAACUCCAAGUGCUUUUUACUAAAAUUAAGCUAGGUUUUGUCUUUCAAAACUCAUAGGCUACUGCAGCGAUACUAGCGUUCAUGCCGAGAUAACUGUGCCUAACGGAAGAUAUUUUUUAUUGUAUUUUUUUAAUCAACACAACGAUAUCCAGGGGGGUUUGGUAUUUCCUUUUUUUAUCGAUGACUCUGGACCACCUGAAACACUCAGCAAUCCUUUCAACUUUGUUUAAAAUGGCAGACGACAAUGAUCUGUUAGGAGCCUCCGAGUUUAUAAAAGAACGACUGUAUUUUGCAACGCUAAGAAGCAAGCCAAAAACCACAGCAAACACACACUACUUCAGCACGGAUGACGAGUUUGUGUACGAAAACUUCUAUGCAGACUUUGGACCUCUGAACCUAGCCAUGCUUUAUAGAUACUGCUGUAAACUCAACAAGAAGCUCAAGGCUGACUGUAGUUCGUUCAUUUGCUCAUGUAUGGGAGUGACGAAGUCCUUCACACUGACGAGGAAGAGGAUCGUCCACUACACCAGCUUUGACCAGCGCAAGAGGGCCAACGCCGCAGUGCUCAUCGGUGCUUAUGCUGUGAUUUAUUUAAAGAAAACUCCAGAAGAGGCGUAUAGGGCUCUGAUCUCUGGCUCCAAUGCCUCCUAUCUCCCCUUCAGGGAUGCCUCUUUUGGGAACUGCACAUUCAACUUGACCAUCCUUGAUUGCUUACAGGGAGUGAAAAAGGCCCUACAGCAUGGGUUCUUCCAGUUUGAGACCUUCGACGUUACUGAGUACGAGCACUAUGAGAGGGUGGAGAAUGGAGACUUUAAUUGGAUCCUCCCGGGGAAGUUUCUGGCCUUCAGUGGACCCCACCCCAAGAGUAAAGUAGAGAACGGUUACCCCCUACACGCACCAGAGGCGUACUUUCCAUACUUUCGCAAGCAUAACGUUACCACGGUAAUCCGACUCAAUAAGAAGAUCUACGACGCCAAGCGCUUCACGGACGCGGGCUACGACCACUGCGACCUCUUCUUCGUGGAUGGCUCCACCCCCAGUGAUGUCAUCAUGCGCCGCUUCCUGCACAUCUGUGAGAGCACCGACGGGGCCGUGGCCGUACACUGCAAAGCUGGUCUGGGCCGUACAGGGACUCUGAUUGGCUGUUACCUGAUGAAGCACUACCGUUUCACGGCGCCCGAGGCCAUCGCCUGGAUACGGAUCUGUCGGCCCGGCUCCAUCAUUGGACCACAGCAGCACUUCUUGGAGGAGAAGCAGGCCCUCUUGUGGCAGCAGGGAGAAGUGCAGCGGGCGCAGCACCAGCAGCGGGUGAUGGAGGACCGGGGCGUGGGCCACCUCAUCUCCAGCCUGGACCACAUGAGCCUCACCAGCGCAUACCUGAGGCCCUCCCACGAGGAGAAUGACCCUGAGGAGAACGGGCUCUGCAUGACUCAAGGAGACAAACUUCGUGCCUUAAAGGGGCGUCGCCAUCCCAGAUCGGCCACCACAGGAGCCCUCAGGCUUGAGGAGAUGAAACUGCACACCAGAUCAACAUCCCAGCCUUUCAGCAGGGUGAGCUCCGUGGGCAGUGUGCAGGGCUCCAUGUCUCCUCUGAAGGCCUCGAAGGUCUCUUCGUCCUCCUCCUCUUCCUCCUCCGCCACGGCCAAGAGAAUCAGCCGCACCUCCCUCUCCUCCUCCUCCAACAUCAGAAG